GACCCAGCUGCCUGCACCUUGAUGGCCUGCCCACCGCGGCCCAUGCUGCUGCCCGCAGGCCGCUGCCGACCUUUUGAGAGUUACCAAAAGGGUGAUGGCACCAACACCUGCACCUGCCCACUGAGUGGCUUGAAGAAUGAGGCUCGAUGCACGGCGCUCCCAUGCCCAAGUCAGGAUCAUGUCCUGCUGCCCUGA